AUGCUAUCUCUCCUCCUCCCCUUCCAGCUCCUCGCUCUCGUCGCAGCUUCCUCCAUACCUCAGAGCGGCCCUCAAUAUGUCUUCUCCAACCCUCCAGUCGAGGACAAUGACUACCAUAUCCCCACGGUCCAUGAGUCCACAGUCAUGGCGAGGAGGAUAAUGCGCCUCUCGACAAUAGGCACACUCGUGACCUCGUUCCCAGAACAUUCGUCCAACAGUGAGGAGCUGGGAACUCUGGAGAAUAGACCAAAAGAAGUAGAAGGAAGCCCAAUCGGCCUGAUGGAAUACUACAGCGACUGCGAGCCCGACACAGGGAACCCAACUGUGCUGGCCAUCAAUAUUGCCACACCCUACAGGAACUUCAACGAUGGCAGCGACAUCAGUCUCGGCAUCCGGUGGUGGCCCAAGACGACGAACCACUACUUCUCCUCGUCAGAAGACAUACCCACACCGCAUACACCUGCCGCACUGCCGCGCUUCUCGCUACACGGGCGGCUUGAACCCAUCUCGAAGACCGAUCUGGCGAGACAUCUCGUACCUGCGUGCUUCUUGAAGGCGCAUCCGGACUCCAUCCUUUGGCAGCCGGGUAAUGACAUUCAUACAAGUCAGUACAUGCGGCUGGUGGUAGAGCACAUCUACUGGUUCGGUGGCUUUGGGGACAGAGCGAGGAUUGGCUGGCUGCCGGUUGAGGAGUGGCGGAAUGUGACGAUGGAGGAGCUUGAGGCCAUUCGGCUGCCUGGAGAGGAGAAGAAGAAGGAAGGCGGAAAGUGGUGGCGCGAUUGGCUUUGA